GCAGCACGGAGCAGGUUGCCUUCCCUCUACUCGAAUACAACCCUACAUUACCAUGGAACCUGAGCCUGGAGACGUUUAUAUUCGUAGGGUGUCCACAUUCAUACGGAACAACGAGAAAGGCCUUGCUGAAGCUGGCUUCGUGCGGCGACGACGCCCACAACGGCGCCAUACAGAUACCGUUGCAACUUCAGUCUUCAAUCCUGUAGGAUGGUUCUAUGUCGACAGCCGUACUCAGCCUCCUGCCCCUCCACCGAAACCUAAACCUGUAGUCUUCAUAAUCGACACUCAUAGGCUGUUUUACAUUCUCAUGCGACUGGAGGCAAUUGGAAUGGCCAUAGGCACGCUGGAUGUGAAAGUAGACCACCCCUCGCGGCCCAUGACCUUCACCAAGGUAUCUUCCGACCCGGAUAAAUCAGAGACUCUCUCCUUGGCUUCAUUUCGGUCCUCUCUCACUGCUGUAUCUGGACUUUCAUUGGGUGGAGGCUGGUGGGGCAGACCAGAGCCACAGAGUAUUGAUGCAGAGCUUAGAUUCAUCUUCAGCAGCUUCACAAAGAUUCCUGCUAUCCUUAUCAAGUCCCCAGGCUCAAAGAUGAUAGCAGAGUUGUCCAAAGAACCGCCAAAUGAGAACGCCUUACCUAUGGAUGCAUUUAAGAACAUACAAAGCCUAGAAUGCGU